CAUUAAGAAAUGAAGGGCCAUCUCUCACAAGAUUCUCUGGUCGAGGUUCCGGCAGUGGUCAUAUGGGAAGUCUACCGUGGCCUUGAGCUCGGAAAACUUGUCAACGAACCACUUCGAGAUGUUAUCGGCACUGUCGAAGUUGUCCAUGGUGACGGAGGCGUCGAGACUAUUAUAAAGGUCACAUUCCAUCCUGGAACUCCGGGACCUAAAUAUAUGAAGGAAAUGUUUACGAAAAUCGACGACGAACAACGGCUGAAGGAAGCCGAAAUCAUUGAAGGAGGAUUCAAAGACGUUGGAUUCGAGCUUUACCGUAACCGGUUGCAGAUCGUCGAGAAAGAUGCUCAGUCGUCCAUCGUCAAGUCGUCGGUAGACUGUGAGAUAGAUGACAUGCUUCAAGAACUGGCUUCUCUGGUCACUACCAAGCCACUGGAAAUAUUGAAUGAAAGUGUUUGCAAACAUCUCAAACAAAAACGGGAUUCCUCUGCUUACUAG